AUGUCUCAUGACGAUCAAAAAGAAGAGGAUUUUAAUACUUCCUCAACACCCUCCACUCCGAGAGAUCAAGAACGACUUGGUUUGUUAGCGAAUAGCAUCACUCAAGAGGAUCAAGCUCGGAUUUUGAAUGUCGAUAUUUCUAAUGAUGAGGAUCGAAAAGUGUUCAAUCAAGAACAUGAUGAGAAGAAUAACAAGAAGGGAAUGAAAUUAUCCUUCUCAUCAUCGAUAGAAGAGAGAAUGAAUUAUGGUUCUAUUCAACAACAUGUGGAUCCAUUUCAACAAGAAGGAAAUGAAGAAAAUGGUGUUCCAAAUGGUUCGACGACGACUACGCAUGGGAAAAUCAUCACCACGAUUACUUGUGAUGAAGCCAUUGAAUAUAUGGGAGUUGGAAAAUUUCAAAUUUUAUUACUUUUUAUUUGUGGAAUUGCAUGGAUGGCAGAUGCUUCAGAAAUUAUGAUUUUGAGUUUUAUCAUGCCUGCAGUUUCAACUGCUUGGAAUCUUUCUCCUGUGGAAGAAGCUACUAUUGGUGGAGUUGUGUUUGCUGGAAUGUUAAUUGGUGCACUUUUUUGGGGAUUUAUUUGUGACAAGUUUGGAAGAAAAUUGGGAAUUAUUUCAAUUUUUACAUUUUGUUCAAUAUUUGGAGUGUUGAGUGCGUUUUGUCCAAACUUUUGGACACUAGUGGCUGCGAGAUUACUUGUUGGUUUUGGAGUUGGAGGAAGUCAUGCACCUUUUUCAUUAUUCACUGAAUUUUUACCUGCAAAAUCAAGAGGUUUCUUUUUGUUGGUCAUUGAAGUGUUUUGGACGGUAGGAACCAUGGCAACUUCCUUAUUAGCAUUACUCUUUCUUGGAUAUCCUGACAUUUUUGGAGAAUGGGGAUGGCGAUAUCUUGUGGGUGUGAGCAGUAUUCCUAAUUUCAUCAUGCUCCUUGCAGUUCCAUUUCUUCCAGAAUCUCCUCGAUUGUGUGUCGUUAAAGGUAACAUUGAAAAAGCAGAACGAAUUUUCAAACGAGUGGCUUGGUGGAAUGGAAAGGCCAUGUUUGCUGCGUCCUUAAAGAAGGAAGAUACGACAGAGAGUGGAAAAAAGAAAUCGACAGGUUCAUUCUUGGAUUUGUUUUCGAAAAAGAUGUGGUUUAGUUCUGUUUUAUUGUUUACUUUGUGGUUCAUUGGAGCACUUGGUUAUUAUGGCGUGGUAGUAUUUACUCCCAUCUACUUCGGAGGCAAUAGUAAGGACAUUAAGAGUGGAUACAUUUCAACCAUUAUUGUUUCUGCUGCUGAAUUACCUGGAUUGUUAUUAUCCUAUUCCAUUAUUAACAGUUUUGGAAGAAAGAAAACAACAGCCAUCAUGUUUUUGGCGUGUGGUCUCUGUUUGGCAUGUUUAAUGAUUCCAAUUCCUGAAGCAUACCGUUGGCUUCCAACCAUGUAUGCAGUUGGUGCAAGAAUGUCCAUCAUGGGAGCUUCAUGUGUGUUGUGGGUUUAUACUCCAGAGGUAUUCACCACCAAUGUUCGAUCCUUAGGAACAGGUGUUGCCUCUUCGAGUGCUCGUGUAGCUGCCAUGAUCACACCCUACAUUGCCACUGUACUCAUUCGUAUCAACUCAGUCAUUCCAAUUGCCAUUUACUCUGGAUCAUGUUUAUUUGCAUUUGUAAUUACUCACUUUUUACCUUAUGAGACAGCAGGAAAAUCAUUGGCCAAUGAUGAGAGUGAAAUGGUGAAGGUUUCCAAAAAGGUUGUUGUAAAGAAAAAGCAAGUGGAAAGUAUUAACAGUUCCAUGGAAGCACAAGUUAUGAUUUAA